CUUGAUGAUUGAACAUCCACCUCUGAAAACAUCAAUCUAAUAUUAAUAUGAGAGCUCUAAGGACAUUCUAUUGCUUGCCUCAGUUACUAAGUUAUAAGAUGGGUACCUACCUAAAUCAAGUCUCAAGAAUGAUUUCGAAGUUAGGUAUGCCCAGUUCGACUUAGCUGCGACUAAUUUGCUUCGGAUGAAAGUACUUAGUCAAGGGACGGAAAAGGGGCAAAAUAAACUUUACAUCGAUCGAAUAGCCAAAGCUUAAUGCGACACCGAGAGAUGGAAGAGUUCGAGUGCUCUUAUUUAAGUGGUGGUGGUAUCGACGGUUCUUGUUCUAGCCCCCCUUUUAGUCUUGUCUCCCCGUAAUGCUCUCUUCUGGCGUAUGUGGGUAGUCGGUUGAUAUUUGAGUAGGACGUUGCACGGGAUGUUCGGUAGUUCCAAACUGACUCGAGGUAUAGAUUAUGACAACGUUCACGUAUAUCCGCAUAUCCGAUCUCUAGUCUAACACAUAGCUUUAUUAGAUUUGCUCAUAUUCACCUAAAUAUGAUCUAUCUCUGGCUGAUAGUGGAAUUCAGAAAUGUCUUCCACUCCUGAUCACAUUGGGAGGGUGAUCUUGGCACGGAACAAGACACUUCAUCGAGGAAGUAAGGAAAUCAAGGAAUCAUAUUUGGAAUAUCAAGUCUUCUGUGACUAAAAUCUCAAUUCUAUUCGUCGGUCUAACUAUCCCUACUAUCGCGAUGUCGAAUCAACCGGGUCCAGAUCAUGGCAAAACGUGGGGAAUCGAUGUGGUCGUCGGGGCCUUCUUCGGCAUCGCGGUGUACAACGCUCUUGAGGUGUACAUAUUGAUGUUCAACACCUUUCGACGAAAGAAUACGCUUUACUUCUGGACUAUACUGGCUGCCAAUACGGGAGUCCUAUUACAUUUACUAUACGUUUUUCGUCUCUGGAGUCUGGCGCCUAAUUUACCCAUGGCCGUGUUCACGUCGAUAGGUUGGAUUUUGAUGUCAACCGGACAGUCCCUCGUUCUCUACUUGAGGUUACAUCUUGUUAUUCACGACCGGCGCAAACUACGAUGGAUCCUAUCACUCAUCAUAUUUACAUUCAUCACAUUACAGGUACCGACGACUGCGACAUUCUUAGCCUUGUGCGCCUCUCCGCCGGACAGCGCAAACGGAAAGAAAUUUAAGGAUGCAUUCGACGUAUUCAAAAUAGCGCAGCUUGCUGGCUUCCUGAUACAAGAAGCUGUAAUCUCGGGUAUAUACGUGUACGCGUUCCAUAAAACAUCGCGGCGUUUGCGCAUGGUCAGAGAGGAUCAAGUUAAAAAGAUGCUACAUGAGCUUAUCGCGCUCGUCGUCAUUGUUGUCUUAUUCGACGUUGCGCUCAUCGUGGACGAACUAGUGGGAAAUUAUCAGAUCCAGACCACUCUCAAGCCGGCAGUGUACAGUAUUAAGCUAAAGGCGGAGCUGUUCGUAUUGAACAACCUCGUCACCUGGAUGCAGACACCAUCUACCACUUCCGGAAGCGGUGCAUCAAACCCAAACGCGCGAAAGCCGGUUCCCUUAGAUCGACUAUCAAGCGGACAUACUCUUACAUCGGAAGUCAAGUCUCACCCGUUACAUGUUCCCUCCCGCGUUUCCUCUCGCGUCUCCUCACGCGCUCCCUCGUGCGUCCCUUCACGCACUGCCACACCUGAUCAAAAGCCUUCCAAUUUGGGGAAGAGCGAUACAAUGGCGGAGAGUGAAGAGAGACCAUAUCAAAGAAAUGGGAGUGAAAUAAGCCCCCAUUCAAUGAUGGCGUCGGAGCCGCGAGUGUUGACGGGGAAUGGAGUCAUGCCAGAACAAAGUCAGCCAACUUUUGAAAAGAUAGAUCUAGGUGAUUGAAGUGAUGCCUACAAACACUAUAAGUCAUAUUUGACUAGGAUUCGGGAUCCAAGGACUACACGAGUAGCUAGUGUGUUUUGGCUGUUCAAGAGAUCUGGUAUGGAUAUAGACGACAAAUGUGGCGUCGUUGAAAUAGAAGGCCCAUGGUACUAGGUAGAGUGAGGAAUAUUGUCCAGAUAGAAGCAACGUUGAUCAAAAG